AUGCUGAAUACUACUUCCAGCACUGGAGGUGCUGGGUCCUCAACAUUAAUGACACUUACUGGAGGAGUGUCCACCAGGGUAGGCGACGAGACCAGACAUCACAAUGGACUGGAAUCUAGCGAACUUCACACCAAGGCUUCGUUAGGUGCAUUAACUGGAGACGAUUUCGACCUGCAGGAGAUGGACACUCUUUCAUCAUCGGUAUUUGCAUUUGCUUGUUUAUUCUACUUUUUUGCAACUUUUGCCCAAAACAGACUAAAUUAA